AUGGAAGAACUUACGGCGUUCGUCUCCAAGUCUUUUGACCAGAAAGUGAAGGAGAAGAAGGACGCGAUCACGUACCGGGAGGUGCUGGAGAGCGGGCCGCUGCGUGGGGCCAAGGAGCCGACCGGCUGUGCCGAUCCGGGCCGCGACGACCGCAGCAGCCCGGCAGUCCGGGCGGCCGGCGGAGGCGGCGGCGGAGGAGGAGGCGGAGGCGGAGGCGGAGGAGGCGCAGGAGGAGGAGGAGCAGGCGGAGGAGCUGGAGGAGGGCGCUCUCCCAUCCGGGAGCUGGACAUGGGCGCUGCGGAGAGAAGCAGGGACCCCGGCAGCCCGCGGCUUACGGAGGAACGAAGCCAAGGGCAACAAGCUAAGGUCCAGGCUAGGCUGCUUCUCCUGGACGAGGCGUUUAGGUUUCUAGUGUCCCCGGAGCUAAAAGAUCGCAAAGAGGAUGCGAAAGGGAUGGAGGACGAAGGCCAGACCAAAAUCAAGCAGAGACGAAGUAGGACCAAUUUCACCCUAGAACAACUCAACGAACUGGAGAGGCUUUUCGACGAGACCCACUAUCCGGACGCCUUCAUGCGAGAAGAACUGAGCCAGCGGCUGGGGCUGUCAGAGGCCCGAGUGCAGGUUUGGUUUCAAAAUCGAAGAGCUAAAUGUAGAAAACAAGAAAAUCAGCUCCAUAAAGGUGUCCUCAUAGGGGCUGCCAGCCAGUUUGAAGCUUGUAGAGUCGCACCCUAUGUCAACGUAGGUGCUUUAAGGAUGCCAUUUCAGCAGGAUAGUCAUUGCAACGUGACGCCCUUGUCCUUUCAGGUUCAGGCGCAGCUGCAGCUGGACAGCGCCGUGGCGCACGCGCACCACCACCUGCACCCGCACCUGGCCGCGCACGCGCCCUACAUGAUGUUCCCGGCGCCUCCCUUCGGACUGCCGCUUGCUACACUGGCUGCGGACUCGGCCUCCGCCGCUUCAGUAGUGGCGGCCGCCGCCGCCGCCAAGACCACCAGCAAGAACUCCAGCAUCGCCGAUCUCAGACUGAAAGCCAAAAAGCACGCGGCUGCCCUGGGUCUGUGA